AGAAGAUUUGUAAAAAGGAGAUUUAUAAUUGAAUGAUUUACAAACAAAAUGAAAAAACCUAGAAUAACCUAUCAUCAGCCAGUCAAGACUAACAAAUGAAGAUGAGAUGAGGAUUUUAAUAAGGAAAAAUCUGUUUGUACCCACUAUUGUACCCAUUUUUGUACCCACCAUGUCUGUGAGGAGUUUUUUUUUGUCUGUGAAUCCCGGUCAUAGACAAAAAUAUGUCUAUAAAGACAUGGUGGGUACAAAAGUGGGUACAAUAAUGGGUAAAAAAUCCUUCUUUCUUUUAAUUAUUAAUUUUCAUUUUCCCCAAAUGGGCGUGGGUGUUCCAAACAUGGCUGACUGCGAGCCACUACCGGAUUUACCGACUACGCAGAAUACGGUGUUGAUAGGAAAGAAAAGCACCGAGUACAUCCUUCCCUUAUUUCCCGAAUAACCUUUUCCUUCAUAUCAUUUGCCUGGUUAUUGAAAACCCCGUUGCCAACCAUAAAAAGUUUCGGAAAAUUAGAGGUUGGUGAUUGCAUAUUUCAUUUUAUGAAUAUCUACGAUCUGUUAUCAUGAUUUUCAUCUUUUACCAAUUUCUUUUUCCGACGGUCGAUGAAUUUUCAGGGAUGAGCAGAGAGACACCGCCUGAGCCACUUAAUUUCUUUAUUUGGACAGUUGAGGAUGUUGGUUUGUGGUUGGAAGAAAUUAAUCUCGGUAACUAUAAACAAAGUUUCAAAGAAAAUGGUGUUAAUGGGGAGUUUCUGGAAGGGUUGUCAAUGUUCUCCACUGAACAGAUCCUACGGUUUAUAAGAAGAUGCCACAUGAAAUGGGGAGAUUUUAUAACAUUAUGUAAGGAGCUUAGGAGAAUUAAAGUGGCUUGCUUAAAGGGUGAACAGAAAGUACACGGUCCGUGGUGGGCUCCAUCAUGCCUUUCUGUAGUCUUUGUCAAGGCGGCCAAGCGCAACAGGCAGUCAAGAGUUGUUUCAUUGAAACUUGAAUCUUGACAUUUGGAGGAUUUUCACAACAGCAGCUUGUAUAUGUCGUUUAUCUUCUUUAGGUGUUGAUGGAUGGUUGGAUGCUAUGCCUUUUUUGGUUGCCUUUCUCUUCUUUUGAUGUAUACUUCCUUUGUUAAUGUUGUCGGUAUAUGUUUUUCUUGUGUUUCUAGUGGGGAGAACAUCCUCUCUUAUGAUUCUUA